CAUGCAAACUAUGCAUUUGACGAAUCCUAGGCAAAUGGCUGGCCUUAAAUUUAUGUACUUCCUUUCAAUCAUUGUCCUCUUGACCAUCACCACCGGAUCAGGAUGCAUCAUGGCGUCGCCGCCGGCAGUCAAAGGUGCUUAUUGGCCUUCAUGGUCUGAAACAUUUCCACCUUCUGCCAUAGACACAAGCUUGUUCUCUCAUGUCUACUAUGCUUUUCUCAUGCCAAACAAUGUCACAUUCAAGUUCGAAAUACCCGAUUCGACCGCCGUUCUCCUCCUUGAUUUUUCAACCACCCUUCAUCGUAAAAAGCCACCAGUGAAAACCCUCAUCUCUAUUGGCGAUGGAGGUGCUAAUCCUCGCCAGUUUGCUAGGAUGGCAUCAGAGGCAAAGUCACGCAAGGUGUUCAUAAAUUCAGCUAUUGAAGUAGCAAGAAAAUUUGGGUUUGAUGGGCUGGAUCUGGACUGGGAAUCUCCUAAGGACCCAAAAGAGAUGGAAGACCUGGGUUAUUUAUUUAAAGAAUGGCGUGAUGCUAUCCAGAAGGAGGCUAAGACCACAAAAAAGCCUCCUCUAUUGCUCACGGCUGCCGUGUACUUUUCCGUGGAGUUCUUAUGGUUCGAAAAGUACCGGAAGUACCCGGUGGCACCGAUGAAGGAAAACUUGGACUGGAUUAAUGCAAUGUGUUAUGAUUAUCAUGGUUAUUGGGACACUACAGUCACAGGGGCCCAUGCUGCUUUGUAUGAUCCAAAGAGUAAUAUAAGCACAAGCUAUGGUCUUAAGUCAUGGAUUAGGGCUGGAAUGCCUCGGCACAUGGUUGUUAUGGGCCUGCCAUUGUAUGGGAGGACUUGGAAGCUCAAAGACCCAAAUCUAAACGGAAUCGGGGCACCGGCGGUCGGACUUGGCCCCGGAGAUGAAGGUGUGCUGACUUUUGCCGAGGUGGUGAAGUUCAACGAGGACAAUGGAGCAACAGUGUUAUAUGAUGUGGAAACUGUAUCCACAUAUUCAUAUGCUGGAUCAUCAUGGAUUGGGUAUGAUGAUACCUUGUCUACCACUACUAAAAUUAGAUUUGCUCAAGCCCUUGGGCUUCGUGGGUAUUUCUUUUGGACCCUUAGCUAUGAUGAUGAGUGGAAAAUCUCAAUGCAAGCUUCAAGGGCAUGGCCUAUCGAUGAAUUAUAUUAAAGAUUGGGAGAUGGUAUAAUUCAUUAUAAAUUUACAAGUGAUUAAAGACUUCAUGUAAGAAGGCUAGCUGACAAUUGAAGAGAAAAUGGAAUAGUUUCCAUAUGCAAGCCCGAUAGAUAUAUAGAAGUGAAAUGUAAUGAAUACUAGCAAAAAGAAAUUAUAUGUGACAGGAGUAAAAUAACGAGGGUGGUGUGUGGUAGUUCAGCAGUUGUAAAGAUGUUAGAGCCUAUAUAUAUUAUAAUAGGCUAUUCCAAAAAUCAAUAAACAAGAAUAGUUUUCUCUCA